UUGUUGUUUGUUCGUGAGGGACAGGGGGGUGGGGUUGGAAGGGAAAAGUCUGGAAGCCUAAAGACUGACGUGGGUUUUUCUGUCCCUACUUCCUAUUGUGCCCAGUUGUACAUUCAUUUGAAAUUCGCGAGUUCAGCAGAUAAUCCAUAAAAUGGCUUACAUCGACAGUAACGGAACAAUUCACAACUCUAUGCCAUGGGGAGUCUCCAAAGUAACGGCCAUGUUCUGGGGCUUCUUCAACAUAGUUUAUUUGUUCUUCACCACUUUGAUUCCUGGUCUCAGGAAAUCAGAUGGCGAGAGUGUUAGCUUCAGAGCACCUGGAGGCGGCGGAGGUGGUGGUGGUGGAGGAGGUGGAGGCUGGGGCGGUGGAGGUGGCGGAGGCCCUCCCCGACCCCCGAAGCCAAGAGGAAACUUCCGCUCAUUUGGUGAUAUGUUUGGCCAAGGAUCUGUGAAUGCAGGAGGUUGUCCUGGUGGAAGCUGUGGUAGAAUGUGAGAUAUUGCACAGCCUGUCAUGUUCAAGCCUGAGCUUCGUUAUUUUCAUAAGCUUUAUAACAUCAUCUUUUAUCUUUAAAUUAAUUUUGGCAUGGUUCUGGCUAAGCCCUAAUUUAUUUGCCUGUAACUGUCAAAUCAGUGAUAGAGGCCACACUGAACUGUGAGUGGAAUGAAGUUCAUUUGCAUCCAUGAUUGACACAUAACAAGAGGAGUCUCUUUUGUACAUACAUUCACAAUGUUAAAAUUAAAUAAUUUUGAUUUUCUUUGACUAUGUUUGAUGCUACAUUCCAACUUCAUUUUUUCAUUGCAUAACACCUUUAAAAAAAUCAUUAUUAUUAUUAUUAUUGCCAACAUUUGGGUGUUUGGGGUGCAGAAUUAAUUAUGUCAAGAGCUUCUUUUUCUGUGAGUAAUGUUUGAUUUGCAUUGGCUGUUUUUAGUACCAUGAAUGGCCUUGUUCCUUACCCACAUGUUGUGAUAUAUUUGAACUUGUGUAAAUACUUUUAAAAAUAAAUGUUGAAUAUUGUUCUUCAAA